GUGUGGUCUGUGCUGGGACUGAAAGAUGAUGGAUGUAUUAAGAGAAAAGGGAGAGAUCCACUUGUUGCUGCACCGUUUUGCUAGUAAAGUUAACGUUACGUCGGGGCAGAUCCGGUUUGGACAGGGAUGCAUGUCUGGUCUAAGCUUUCCGAAGCUGCCGAUUGUAUUAUGCCUGCUGACUUUGUCUGGACUAACACUUGGACAUGGGCCAACAGUAAUCAAAGUGGAAGGAGGGGCUGAUGUCGUGUUACCCUGCUCUCUCAGCACCAAGGAGAACAUUGAGUUUAAAUUCUUUGACUGGAGGAAAGUUGCUCAGAAAGAUGAUGGUCCGAAGAAGGUGUUCAUGUAUGAUGGAGGCAUUCAUUACAACAACGGUCUAGAUGGUCAGAGUGAAGAGUUCAAAGGUCGAGUCUCUCAUUUUCCAGAUGAACUGAAACACGGCGACGCCUCCAUAAUCAUCAGGAAUACAAAGAUAUCUGACAGUGGAGACUACAGAUGUUAUUUUCCACGUCUUCAGCCACCUCAAACAUUCCCCAUAAAGCUUGUUGUUGGUGCAGGUUUAAAACCAUCUUUGACAUUACAGGGUUUAACAAUAUUCUCGGCGCUGCUGCAGUGUGAAGUUCAUGGCAAUCCUAAACCUAAAGUAGAGCUGCAGGACAGUGAUGGAAACAACCUUGAUGCUAAAGUAACACAGGUCUCAGAAAGAGAAGGCAGCUUCUACAUCACCCUCCAAACUAAAGUGACCAAGACCGGCACCUAUCGCUGUGUAGCAACACAGGAGGAAAUCAAUCAUCAGAUUUAUGCUGAGACCUCUGUGCAUAUCAGUGGGUCUUCCACUGGAUGGAUUGUUGGUUUAGUUCUUCUUGGUCUUGUUAGUCUUCUUCUUCUUCUUGUUGCUGCUGGGGUUCUAGCUGUGCUUGUAUACAAGCGUUACCUCAUAUUAAAUCGUAAUAAAGUCAUCAGAGUGAAAGAAGGCAGUGAUGUUACUUUACCCUGUUCCCUCUGGCCAAAGGACAUUCGGUCAAAAUUAUUUUUCUGGCUGAAACUUCCUCAGAAAACUGAUGGUGUUCAGAAAGUGUUCCUGUAUGAUGAAGGUCAUCUUUACAGUGACGAGCGUCCAGAGCCAAAAGUCAUCACAGUGAGAGAAGGCAGUGAUGUUACUUUACCCUGUUCCCUCAUCACCAAGGAGGACAUUACGUCAACACAGUUUAUCUGGAAGAAAGUUUCCCAGAAAACUGAUGAUGGUCAGAAGGUGUUCCUGUAUGAUAAUGGUGAUCUUUACAGUGACGAGCGUCCAGUUGGUGAGUACUUUGAUGAACCAGUUAAAGAUGUCCUCUGA